CACUUGCAGCCAUUUUCUGCUCUUUGUGUGGGGUAGAUUAUUCAGCUAGUCGCUGAGAGAAACGAGAGCAUCAAUCGAUGAAAAGGCUAGAAAAACUUCAGUAAAACAUUGGAUUUUCGUCGCAGAGUGCGACAUUGUCCGCCCAAAUUUUCCUGGACGGACAUGCAAGUUACAGACUGUCCGGUUGUGUGAGUGAGCUCUUGUAGGCAUGACGACCCACGUGACCCUGGAGGAUGCUCUGUCUAACGUGGAUCUGUUGGAGGAGCUGCCCCUCCCUGACCAGCAGCCCUGCAUCGAACCUCCGCCCUCAUCCAUCAUGUACCAGGCCAAUUUCGAUACCAACUUUGAGGACAGGAAUGCGUUUGUGACGGGGAUAGCUCGCUACAUCGAGCAGGCUACUGUCCACUCUAGCAUGAAUGAGAUGCUGGAGGAGGGCCAUGAGUACGCUGUCAUGCUCUACACCUGGAGAAGCUGCUCAAGAGCUAUACCACAGGUGAAGUGUAACGAGCAGCCCAACAGGGUGGAGAUCUAUGAGAAGACUGUGGAGGUGCUGGAACCAGAGGUCACCAAGCUCAUGAAGUUCAUGUACUUCCAGCGUAAGGCCAUCGAGCGUUUCUGCGGGGAGGUGAAGCGUCUGUGCCACGCUGAGCGGAGGAAAGACUUUGUCUCUGAAGCCUACCUCCUCACCCUGGGCAAGUUCAUCAACAUGUUCGCUGUGCUCGAUGAACUCAAGAACAUGAAGUGCAGCGUCAAGAACGACCACUCUGCCUAUAAAAGGGCGGCUCAGUUCCUGAGGAAGAUGGCCGACCCUCAGUCCAUCCAGGAGUCACAGAACCUCUCUAUGUUCCUAGCCAAUCACAACAGGAUUACUCAGUGUCUGCAGCAGCAGUUGGAGGUGAUUCCUGGCUAUGAGGAGUUGUUAGCAGACAUCGUUAACAUCAGUGUUGAUUACUAUGAGAAUAAGAUGUACCUGACGCCCAGCGAGAAACACAUGCUGCUCAAGGUGAUGGGUUUUGGUCUCUAUCUGAUGGACGGUAACGUCAGUAACAUCUACAAACUAGAUGCCAAGAAGAGGAUCAACCUGGGAAAGAUCGACAAGUUCUUCAAGCUCCAGGUGGUGCCUCUGUUUGGAGACAUGCAGAUAGAACUGUCGCGCUACAUAGAGACCAGCGCUCACUACGAGGAGAACAAGUCUAAGUGGACGUGUACCCAGAGCUCCAUCUCUCCCCAGUACAACCUGUGUGAGCAGAUGGUUCAGAUUCGUGACGACCACAUCCGGUUCAUCUCUGAGCUGGCUCGCUACAGUAACAGUGAGGUAGUGACCGGGUCAGGCCUGGACAGUCAGAAGUCAGACGAGGAGUACAGGGAACUGUUUGACCUGGCACUCAGAGGGUUACAGCUGCUGUCCAAGUGGAGCACACACGUCAUGGAAGUGUACUCUUGGAAGUUGGUUCACCCGACAGAUAAGUUCUGUAACAAGGACUGUCCCGGCACAGCGGAGGAGUAUGAGAGAGCUACACGUUACAACUACACGUCAGAGGAGAAGUUUGCCCUGGUCGAGGUCAUCGCCAUGAUCAAGGGGCUGCAGGUGUUGAUGGGCCGUAUGGAGAGUGUAUUCAACCAGGCUAUAAGGAACACCAUCUAUGCAGCCCUGCAGGACUUUGCCCAGAUGACCCUCAGAGAGCCUCUACGUCAGGCCGUACGCAAGAAGAAGAACGUUCUCAUCAGUGUCCUGCAGGCCAUCCGUAAGACCAUCUGUGACUGGGAGGGGGCUCGGGAGCCUCCCAAUGACCCCUGUCUCAGGGGGGAGAAGGACCCCAAGGGAGGGUUCGACAUCAAGGUGCCCCGCCGAGCUGUGGGACCCUCGAGCACACAGCUGUACAUGGUUCGUACCAUGCUGGAGUCGUUGAUAGCCGAUAAGAGUGGUUCUAAGAAGACUCUACGCAGCAGUCUGGACGGACCCAUAGUACUGGCUAUAGAAGACUUCCACAAACACUCCUUCUUCUUCACACACCUGCUCAACUUCAGCGAGGCACUGCAGCACUGCUGUGACCUGUCUCAGCUGUGGUUCAGAGAGUUCUUCCUGGAGCUGACCAUGGGUCGCAGGAUCCAGUUCCCAAUCGAGAUGUCCAUGCCCUGGAUCCUCACAGACCACAUACUGGAGACCAAGGAGCCAUCCAUGAUGGAGUAUGUGUUGUACCCUCUGGACCUCUACAAUGACAGUGGCUACUACGCUCUGACCAAGUUCAAGAAACAGUUCCUCUACGAUGAGAUAGAGGCUGAGGUGAACCUGUGCUUCGAUCAGUUUGUCUACAAACUGGCAGACCAGAUAUUUGCCUACUACAAAGCCAUGUCUGGAAGUGUCCUCCUGGACAAGCGUUUCAGGGCAGAGUGUAAAAACUAUGGUGUGAUCAUCCCCUACCCCCCCUCCAACCGUUAUGAGACCCUGCUCAAACAGAGACACGUACAGCUCCUGGGUCGCUCCAUCGAUCUGAACCGUCUGAUCACCCAGAGGAUCUCAGCAGCCAUGUACAAGUCUCUGGACCAGGCCAUCAGCCGCUUUGAGAGUGAAGACCUCACCUCCAUAGUGGAGUUGGAGUGGCUGAUGGACAUCAACAGACUGACUCAUCGUCUGCUCUCGAAGCACAUGACCCUGGACAGCUUCGACGCCAUGUUCCGCGAGGCCAACCACAAUGUGUCCGCCCCCUACGGACGCAUCACGCUCCAUGUCUUCUGGGAACUCAACUUUGACUUCCUCCCCAACUACUGCUACAACGGCUCCACCAACCGCUUCGUGCGGACUGCCAUCCCCUUUACCCAGGAGCCUCAGCGAGACAAGCCGGCCAACGUGCAGCCGUACUACCUGUACGGGUCUAAGCCUCUGAACAUUGCCUACUCACACAUCUAUAGCUCCUACAGGAACUUUGUAGGUCCGCCCCACUUCAAGACCAUCUGCCGUCUCCUUGGUUACCAGGGCAUCGCCGUGGUGAUGGAGGAACUGCUCAAGAUAGUCAAGAGCCUGUUGCAGGGCACUAUCCUGCAGUAUGUGAAGACUCUGAUCGAGGUCAUGCCCAAGAUCUGUCGCCUGCCGCGCCACGAGUACGGAUCCCCAGGUAUCCUGGAGUUCUUCCACCACCAGCUGAAGGACAUUAUAGAGUACGCUGAGCUGAAGACUGAUGUCUUCCAGAGUCUCAGGGAGGUGGGGAACGCCAUCCUCUUCUGUCUGCUCAUCGAACAAGCUCUGGUGUCCCAGGAGGAGGUGUGUGACCUGCUUCAUGCAGCCCCCUUCCAGAACAUCCUCCCUAGGGUCUACAUCAAAGAGGGGGAGCGUCUGGAAGUCAGGAUGAAGAGGCUGGAGGCUAAAUAUGCUCCUCUCCACCUGGUGCCCCUCAUCGAGAGGCUGGGGACCCCUCAGCAAAUAGCCAUAGCCCGUGAGGGGGAUCUCUUGACCAAGGAGCGUCUUUGCUGUGGCCUGUCUAUGUUCGAGGUGAUCCUCACAAGGAUCCGUAGUUUCCUGCAGGACGCCGUGUGGCGAGGCCCGCCCCCCACCAACGGCGUGAUGCACGUUGAUGAGUGUAUGGAGUUCCACCGCCUCUGGAGCGCCAUGCAGUUUGUUUACUGCAUCCCCGUCGGCACUCACGAGUUCACCGCAGAGCAGUGUUUUGGUGACGGGCUGAACUGGGCAGGCUGUUCCAUCAUCGUGCUGUUGGGUCAGCAGCGCCGCUUCGACCUGUUUGACUUCUGCUACCACCUGCUCAAGGUGCAGAGGCAGGACGGCAAGGACGAGAUCAUCAAGAACGUGCCCCUGAAGAAGAUGGCUGAUCGCAUCAGGAAGUACCAGAUCCUGAACAACGAGAUCUUUGCCAUCCUCAACAAGUACAUGAAAGCUGUGGAGAGCGAUAGUUCCACCGUGGAGCAUGUCCGCUGCUUCCAGCCACCUAUACACCAGUCCCUGGCCACAACAUGCUGAGAAGAACACACACACGCUACAAACAUACAUGCUACACACACAUGUGCUACACACAUAAACCACACAUGUCCCACACACACAUACGCACCAACCCAAAUCAUCACCACACAGUCUGCCUCUCUUUGGCCUUGAACUCAGACUCUCAGAGCCUUAGAUUUCAAGAGUUCUGUCUGAAUGUACACCAUUUUGGCACCAAAUAUUCCAUACCAAUGACAUUCCAAUUUGCAUUCUAGAAUGCAACUGUCUUGGAACUUUUGGUGGCAACAUGGCGCCCAUUAAAAAGUCUAAAUCUCAAACUGAGUUUUCUGAAGUCUGAAUAUCUUAGGCCCGUAACCACAAGCUAGUUUUAGCGGUGUGGGUGUUUCCAGAUGGUAGUUUUCUGUACUCAACCCAUGUGGCUCACAUACCCAGACUCUGCAUGCCUUCUCCUGUCCGAGGGAUGGGUUUAGAGAGACACAACUACCAAUGCAGAUCUGCAGUAACACUGCUUACCCUCUAGUCACAAUCAACAGUCUAUCAGAUAUCUCUGAGAGACCAUUUAAACAACAAUCAACAGUCUAUAAUAUCUCUGAGAGACCAUUUAGUGAGCAACAACAAUCAACCUACAUAAAAGAUGAUAGAUAUGCUGGAAUAAUCUCCAAAACCUCAACGCACACAAAUAAUCUGAUUCUGAAAUGACCUAUAACCUGAGAUUAUUAUUUCAUAGAUGACAUAUGACUCCUGAGUGGCGCAGUGGUCCUGGUUCGAAUCCAGGCUCUGUCGCAGCCGGCCGCGACCGGGAGACUCAUGG